AUGUCCGCUGACGCAGUGCCUCAAGUCGAGGGCGGACUCGAGAGCCAUGUCACGGUCCAGAAGCGAGCCUACUACUCGCCUCCUUGGGCUGAUGUCAGCAUUAUCGGCGUCGCUGGAAGCUCGGGCUCGGGCAAGUCGACUCUGUCCCAGGCCAUUGUCAAGAAGCUUAAUUUGCCCUGGGUCGUCAUCUUGUCAAUGGACUCUUUCUACAAGACAUUGACGCCCGAGCAGUCGAAGCUGGCCUUUGCCAAUGAGUACGACUUUGAUUCGCCCGAUGCCAUCGACUUUGACGUUUUGGUCGACAAGUUGCGGGAUCUUAAGGCCGGAAAGCGGGCUGAGAUUCCUGUCUACUCAUUUGCCAAGCACCAGCGGCUGGACCGCACCACCUCUAUUUAUUCGCCCCAUGUGUUGGUUCUUGAGGGUAUCUUUGCUCUGUACGACCCUCGCGUCUUGCAGCUCCUUGAUAUGGGUAUCUACUGCGAAGCUGAUGCCGAUACCUGCCUGUCGCGACGGAUCGUUCGUGACGUGCGAGAGCGUGGCCGAGACAUUGAGGGUAUCAUCAAGCAAUGGUUUGGUUUCGUGAAGCCCAACUUCGAAAAGUAUGUUGAGCCGCAGCGCAAGGUGGCCGACCUGAUUGUGCCAAGGGGCAUUGAGAAUCGGGUUGCCCUAGACAUGAUGGUCCAGUUCGUCGAGAAGAAGCUCUUCGAAAAGUCGAGGCACCAUCGAGAAGCCCUAUCCCGUCUCGAGGCGGCUAGUAAGGAUUCGCCGCUUUCUGAUCGGGUUGUGGUUCUACACCCUACACCACAGCUCAAGUUCAUGAACACUAUCCUCCAAGAUAUGGAUACUGAUCCCGAGGACUUCAUCUUUUACUUUGACAGACUUGCCAGUCUCAUCAUUGAACAAGCUUUGAACAAUGUUCAAUUCGAGUCUGCAACCAUUGAAACUCCCCAAGGAUACAAGUAUCAAGGUCUUGUACCGAAGGGUGAGGUCUGUGCCGUGAUCGUGCUCCGCGGAGGUUCGGCGUUCGAGCCGGCGCUACGAAAGACGAUCCCUGACUGCCGCACGGGCCGAAUGCUCAUCCAGUCCGACUAUUCCACGGGCGAGCCGGAGCUGCACUACCUGCGGCUGCCAGACGAUAUCGCAAGGCAUGAGAGCGUCUUGCUUCUGGACACUCAGAUGGCGACCGGUGGCUCGGCGUUGAUGGCGGUCCAGGUCCUGGUAGACCAUGGAGUCCAGCAGGAGCGUAUUGUGCUGGCAACGUAUGCGGCGGGCAAGGUUGGAAUUCACAGGUUGACAUCCGUGUUCCCAGACAUCACGGUGGUGGUCUGCAACAUGCUCGACUACCAGCAGCAGCGAUGGGUUGAGCAAAGAUAUUUCCGUUGCUAA